CACUCAUCUUCACACCACCGUCGUACGGUGCACUCCACUCAGAGGUUCUUAAGGCUCCUGAACUGAAGAAGGACAAGUGCUUUCCUACAUCUCAGGUGCUUUCAACAGGACAGACAUGCCUUCUCUUCAUGACAUGCUCACACUUCUGCUCACCAUACAACUCCAUCUGUAUGGUUGCUACUCCCUCGUUCCUCAAGGAAGGAAGAUCUGCCCAUCCUGCCAGGGUUCCAUUGUGAAGGGCCAUGUAGCUGCUCCUCCGUCCAGGGAUGAGAGCACAACUGUGCUAGCAUUAGGAGAACCCUGUGGGGUUUACACGCUAGCAUGCGGAAGGGGUCUUCGGUGCAUGCCUCCAGAAGGAGACCAAAGCCCUCUUCAGGCACUGCUCCAGGGAAGAGGGGUCUGCAGGAGCAUCAAGACCAGCAUCGAGACAGUGCGACCCACAGAGUCUUGGAUGUCAAUCAGUCACAACAGUGAAAAGGGCCCCUGCCGCAAACUGCUGAACUCUGUCCUCCAAGGAAUUGACCUCACAGCAAUCCAGCGAGACCAAGACAUCUACAUCCCCAACUGUGACAAAAAAGGCUUCUUCAGGAGGAAACAGUGUUGGUCAUCGCGGGGCAUGCAGCGCGGCCAGUGUUGGUGUGUAGAUGAGAAAGGAGUCAAAGUUCUAUCACGCACCAGAGAUGACGGUUCUAUUGCCUGCAGUGGUGCUUGAGACGGUCGUGUAGAGAUUCAAGUCAAGUCUGAACAACAUUACAACACAGGACUUUAAUGGGGGGAUGAUGAGACAGACGGGUGUAUUCAUUGUUUUCUUGCUACACAUUGAACCAGACAGUAAGACAGGGCUCAUUUUUAGGUCCUAUGAUGCCCUCUAGUGGGCCUACUGGACUUCCACUUUUCUAAUAUACACAGAUCACAGUAAUUCCUUCAGGACAGAUUUCAAAGUGGUUCAAAUUCAAGUUCAGUUCUUUCAUCUUAUCUAAAAUGUUCUCUGUGGCAUAACUUGGGGGUUAGGGGCAGAUCACAGAGUGCAAUCACACUGGGGCCCAUGGUACAGGAUCCCACUAAAAUCUUUGUUGAGACCCUCAUAUAAGUAAUGACUACCCACAAUUCACAGCAAAAGAUCUAUUUUCUUAACAACAUACCUCAGUAGUUAGCUUCCAUCAGCACUACACAGAGAGAACUGAUGUCUGUUUAUCUCCCUUGUGUUCUUCUAUCUCUGUAUUUGUCAUUAGUUUUUUCUUAUUUGGCUUAAUUUGACAGCUCCAGCGGCCUUUAAUACAGUGUUAAAAUGUAACGAUGUACAAAUUCAUUUAAAUGGUCCAAAAUUGCAUGACGUUAACUUAUUAUAUUAUUUAUGACUCUUAAAUCUUGAAAGAUCCGAAAGGCUGCGUUCAAAUAACACAUCAAAAUAUGUACAUUAUCAAAAUAUAUAUGUCCUAAAAUCAAGUUUUACCAAGAACCUCUUCUCACAGACAUGAUCAAAUUAGGGCUAAUUUUUUAUACAUCUGUACAUAUAUUUAAUAUGUUCUAUAUAACACACAAACUUUUAUAUGCAUCAUUAUUCUCAGUUUUCCAGAUGAGAGAAACUUUGUAUAGCCUAUUUUCUUACAGUAUGUAUUCCUAACUUAAAAAGUCAAGACAUUUAUUUAUUGAUCUUUCCUUUUUUUACGUAUUUGUUAUUAUUUAUCUUUUCUAAAGUUCAAACCGCAGCUUUUGGGGGAUCACAUUAAUGCUAAUAAGGAACUAAAGUCUGUGAUUUUCAACAUUUGAUGGUUUGGUUCUUCAUCUAUGAACAUU